AUGAGUUGCAGCUCUAAGCAAACAUGUACCACGAAGGUGUAUACCAAAGGGAGAAGCAGCAGCAGCAGCUGCAUUGCUGGGGGUGGCGGAAUGAGGGGUCGUCCAGCCGUCUCUCCAGCCCUGGGCAGCGGGAGCUGCAGCAUGUCUCAGAGGAGCUACUGUGGAGGCACAGUUUACCGUGGGGGCCUGGCUGGGGCAAGCUGCACUGAUGGCGGCUUUGGGGGAAGGGCUGUUGGGGGCGGCUUUGGGUAUGCUCCCAGCGGAGGGGUUGGCGGUGGCAGUGCCUGCUUUGUGGGUGGAGGCUUUGGUGGCGGCUUUGGGAUUUGCAGUGAUGGACCCCUGCUUUCCUGUAAUGAGAAGAUGACCAUGCAGAACCUCAACGACCGCCUGGCCUCCUACCUGGACAAAGUGCGGUGCCUGGAGGAGGAAAACACUGAACUUGAGUGCAAAAUUAGGCAGUGGUAUGACCAACAAGGCUCAUUCUGUGGCCCCAAGGAUUAUGGCUGCUACUACCAACAAAUUGAAGACCUUAAAAACCAGAUUAUCUGUGCCACUGUGGAUAACAGCAAGCUCAUUUUGGACAUUGAUAAUAACCGGAUGACAGCAGAUGACUUCAGACUGAAGUAUGAGACGGAGCUGGCCUUUUGCCAGAAUGUGGAAACUGACAUCAAUGGCUUACGCCAAGUCCUGGAUCAACUGACCCUUUGCAGGUCUGACUUGGAAGCCCAGCUUGAAUCCCUCCGGGAAGAGCUAUGCUGCCUCAAGAAGAACCAUGAGGAGGAGAUAAACAGUUUGAAAAACCAGGCAACUGGGGAUGUUAGUGUGGAAGUCAACUCUUCUCCAGGGCCAGACCUGAAGAAGAUCCUGGAUGAAAUGAGAUGUCAAUACGAAGCCAUGAUCGAGAACAACCGCAGAGAAGCUGAGCACUGGUAUGCAUGCAAGAUGGAGGAGGUGAAUCGGGAGGUUUGUAAUAGCAGCAAAGAGGUUGAAGACUGCAACAACCAAAUCGUUGACUUGAAGCGUCAGUGGCAAACCUUAGACAUUGACUUGCAGGCCCAGCUUAGAUUGAGGGACACGCUGCAAGACUCCUUGGCUGAGACCGAGUGUCGCUAUAACAAUCACUUGGCCGAGAUCCAGGAGCAGAUCUCCUGUGUGGAGCAGCAGCUGGCAGACCUGAGAGCGGAGAUGGAGUGCCAGAACCGGGAGUACAGGGAGCUCUUGGAUGUCAAAUGCCGCCUGGAGCAGGAGAUCCAGACGUACCGCUGCCUGUUGGAGGGAGGACAGCAGGACAUUGUUGGCCCCGGCAGUUGCCGUCCUUCAGGAGGAAUCUGCAGCCAGACAGGAGGGGGGCUGAAAAACACCCGCACUUGCACUCUCUCGUCUUCCAAAUGCCAGACGGAGGUCAAAGGGUACGGCAGAUAG